GUGAAAUUCGAAACUAGGGGGACUAAAUGUGGUAGAAGAAUAGAGAUAGUCCGAAUUUACUCAGGAGAUGAUUACAUACAGCAGACGAAGACAAAUAAGCUUUGAAGCUCGACUAUGGCGGCGACGUCGUUGGUUCUAACGUGCGCAUCCCCUCUAUUCAGCUCUCGGCUUGUUUCUGCUACGAAGACGCUGACUACGGAGUUCCCGAUUUCUACAGGUCAGUUUCUCGGGGGUCUAAAUUCUCCUGCCGAUUUCUCAGCUAAAUUCCGAAGAAGAUGCUCGGGAAAAGAUGAAGUGCUUCUACAAGGAAUGCCACCGGAGUAUUACGAUGAUGAAUGGCAAGCUCAACAGAGAGAGAAGACCAAAGAACUGCGGCGGAUGCAGCGGGAGGAAGAAGAAGAAGAGGAGAGAAAGAUUGAAGAAUACCGUGAAAUUGGCAUGAGGUUGAAGGAAUUCCCUGAGCAAGACUUAAGGAAAGCCAGAAAGCUCGUCUCCAGCUUCAUCAGAGCUGCCGAGGAAGUCGAAGAGAGAAUUGAAGAAGCAGCCGAGAAAGGACAACUUGACGAGCUUGUCCUCAUGAUCAUAUGGAACCGGCUUGACCUUGCUCGCCGCGAUGAUGAGAAGGACGCCAUAAGAAGUCUUGAUCUUUUGUAUAGAAGAGUCGAGACAGAGAUCUUAAAACGGCAAGCAAGUCCUGCAAUGAAUCUGCUGAAUGAUCUUCUAAACAUGCAUGAUGGCUUUGAAGACGAUGCUUGGCUCAAGGACUGCAGAAAACGCAUGGCGGAGACCUUCCCCCGAGAAGACCCCUUCAGCAUUCUAAUGCCUCCGGGAUUCGACAUUGAUAUGCAUCAAGGACAGUUGCGACCGCCCAUUGAGACUGAGACAGACAACACCCUUCUGAGAGUAGACUUUGUAAGAGAAGUGGAUGCAUUGCUACAGGAAGUGAGGAUAGAGGAAGACGCUGAAACUGGUAGCAAAGGGGAAGAGCUUGAUCCUGAAGCUAUAGCACUUAAGUUUAAGCAGCAGGAGAAGCAACGAACCAUCCGCCAAGUUGAAGCCAUUCUUGAUUUGGCCCUCAACUUGAAGUGGUAGGGAGGUAACAAGAACAUCAAUCUAUAUGCCAUAAUAAUUUUUUAUAGAUAGACCUUGGAUUUUAGAUUGAUUCAGGCGUUUUUGUUUAGAAAUGAAUGAAUCAAAUAAUAGGUUUGUGGGGAACACGAAAUUGCUUCAAGAAUUUUGGCCAAAAAUUCCAAAUCAAAAUGUUGGUGACUAA